AUGCCACCAGCAGGGCGAAUAUCGACGGUCGAGUUCCGCUCGCUCCUACCCCCAAUCCGCGUCCCGUACCGCGCUCUCCAGACGCUACAUCGUCCACAAUGCGCAGCCCUCAAUGCCCGCCCGGCGCCGCAUUGUCUGACGCAGCGCCGUGCGCUCAAUCUCUACAAGACGGCUAAAUCGAGGGUGGUUCUUGGACAGCACAAAUCCUUGAUCUUUUCUCCCUAUGACCUGAAGCCCCCGGAGGCGUCGGAAUACCGCAUCAAUCUCUACAGUGCCGACAAGCACCACAGGCAACACAAACUGGUGGCCAAGGACGUGUCCAUGAAAGAGGUAUAUGACACGAAAAUCAAGCCAGGCCACAUGAUUUACAACAUGGCGCCGCUGGUAAAGGACAUGGCCAAGAGGUACAUGGACUCAAACACCGAGGAGCUCGAUGCGACAUAUCGAAACUAUGCCUUCAUGGAGGCGCACGAACACCGAAUCUCGGUCAAAAACAGCCAGAAAGGCGGGCAGCUUGGAGGACUGAAGAACGUCAUCUUCAACGAGUCGAGUCCUGUGUCAUACUACAGGCUCUGCAUGGAUCGCGCAUAUCAGUUCAUUGAACACGGCAAGCCUGUCGAAUUUCGCAUCCGGCUGCAGUCGCACCUGAAGAAAAAGGACAGGGUCACGACAGGCGACCUCACCAUCUGGCCGUGGCUACACGCGCGUUUCCCGCAUCUGCGACCGGACUUUAUUCUCAAGUCGAUGCCCGAGGGAUCAAAGUACCUCAUCCACCCCGUGACGGACGGGCGGGUCAUGCAGUGGGUCGUGGCCCAGAAGGACGCGCAGAAGAACCUCGACACCAAGUUUAUGCAGAUGCAGCAAAAGGUCAAGCAGGCAAUCAAGGAGGGCAAGGCAAGCAUGCUGCCACAGCUCAUGCGCGCCCAACUGGUCGAGGAGGGACACGAUGCCUACUCGGUCAACACGGGCAUGACCAAGGAGCUGGCGGAGCAGAAGUUUGGCAAGGGCGGCACGUUCAAGUAUGGGUCCGAGGAAAAGAAGAGCAUCAAGCGCGAGGGCGACACCGAUGGCUUCUUCAGCACUGACAGCGAGGAUCGGUGGAGCCUCACCCGACAGCCGGAGCCGGUGAAGUAUCGUAGCCAUCGAUGGAUGGGACGAGGCCAGAGGAAGCACUGAGGGGCGUGUACGCCGAGUGUGCCUUGCAGUAUGUAGUAGUAGUAUGUAGUAGUAUGUACUCCAUGUAUGUGUAUGCGAGACGCGG